ACCUCAUGAUGGGAUACUACUGGGACCAAGCCCGGAACAGGGCCAAACUAAGAAGGCUAAACUGGGCUCAAACCAGGAACACACUAUAAGAGAUAACAAGAAUGAAAGACCCAAACAGCAUACAGUUAGUGACAAUGUUGCCAGUCUAUAGGACAUCAAAUUAAUAAGCACUGGGCACCGUCGACCGACUUGACGCAACGAGCGUCGUGCGUCAAUGCGCUGGGAGGCGUUGGCGCAUCUGUAGGCUGCUGUAGGUUAAAUCGCCGCACCACUGACAGAGACAAGUAUCCGACUAUCCUGUACGGGAAUAUUUAACACUUUUUUGUCAGAUUCUACCUGCCCCUCCUAGAGUUGAAGAAGACUAGCUAUCUGCCUCAAUAUGAUUAAAAACGGCCAUCACCAGCAUCCAGCAAGCACGGCGACAGGGAAAGACGCAGGCACGACCCCCGCUGCAGCAGCAUGCAGCCCCGAGAAGAGGAGACGGAAAAUCCGAGUGUGGUGCGAUGGCUGCUAUGAUAUGGUACACUAUGGCCACUCUAACCAGCUGCGACAGGCCAAAACUAUGGGAGAUUACCUCAUUGUUGGAGUGCACACUGACAGUGAAAUUGCAAAGCACAAAGGCCCACCAGUAUUCACUCAGGAAGAACGGUACAAGAUGGUGCGGGCAAUAAAAUGGGUGGAUGAGGUGGUAGAGGGAGCACCUUAUGUCACAACACUGGAGACACUUGACAAAUUCAACAGUGACUUCUGUGUACAUGGAGAUGAUAUAACACUGACAGUAGAUGGAAAAGACACAUAUGAAGAGGUGAAGAAGUCUGGGCGGUACAGGGAAUGUAAGCGAACGCAGGGGGUUUCCACUACAGACCUGGUGGGCAGAAUGCUGCUUAUGACCAAAGCACAUCACAGCAACAUAGAUAGCUCAAAUUACCAACAGCACACAGACAAUUUUGGGAAAGGGUCCCAUGCCCAUAAGGGCCACAGUCCCUGGACAGGAGUGUCACAGUUCCUCCAGACUUCUCAGAAGAUCAUCCAGUUUGCCUCAGGACAAGAGCCUCAACCUGGAGACACCAUCAUCUAUGUAGCUGGAGCCUUUGACCUAUUCCACAUUGGGCAUGUUGAUUUUCUGGAAGCAGUGCAUAAGCUGUCAGACAAGCCAUACAUUAUAGUGGGAUUGCACUUUGAUCAAGAGGUUAAUCGGUACAAAGGCAAAAACUACCCUAUCAUGAAUAUUCACGAGAGAACACUCAGCGUCCUGGCGUGUCGAUAUGUAUCAGAAGUUGUGAUCGGUGCCCCAUUUGCUGUCACAAAAGAUUUGCUUGAUCAUUUUAAGGUUGAUAUAGUUUGUCACGGAAAGACGCAAAUAUAUCCCUCCAAGGAUGGCUCUGAUCCUUAUGCCGAACCUAGAAGAAAGGGAAUCUUACGCACAGUGGACAGUGGGAACAGCCUUACAACUGAUGCAAUUGUGCAGAGAAUAAUCAAAAAUAGGUUGCUGUUUGAGGCCAGAAACCAGAAGAAAGAAGCCAAAGAGAUUGCUGUCAUUCAGGCCAUGAAACGACAAGAAGAGGAAAAGAGUAAAAGGCAGAGCCCAGACUGUCAAGUCAAAAUAAGUGUCAACCCAUCCCCGAAAAACACAUCUAUUUGAACUUAUACUGAUCAAAUGUGAGUUAUCUACUGAUAGCAGUCCUUACAUUUUAUACCAGUGCCGUGCAGUCUAUUAUCACACCAGCAGAUACAUGACGUCUCUGUUGGAAGUGGUUCUCUGUAUUUUUAAUAUAAUGUUCCAGAUAUGCAAGGUCAUGUCUCCUGUAGCAGCAGUACCAAUGGGCUCACUUGAAUAAACCACAUAGGCGCUUGAGCCACAAGAUAGCAGAUAAAGGUGUACAACUCUAUUUUCAACAAAUAGAAACUAAUCAAGUAACCUACUUGUUAUUUUUUUGAGUUCUGAUUAGGUUCUCUUGCUGUUAUUAUGCAGGUGGUAAGAUGAAGGCAUUACAGUUUAUAUGGCGCUUUUGUUGCCUUUUUAGCACUGUAAUUUUACUGUGUAUUCACAUGUGUAUUUAUAUGUAUUAUAAACGCUUGACAGCUCGGGUUUUGGAGGAUAGGACAUGCAAUUUGGUUGUUUGAAUGUGCAAAGUGCAAGAAUUUAAUUUAUAUGUAUAUAAUUACUACUGACAGUCUAAACACUGAUCCAUAGGCGCAGUAUUGUUCUGGUCUAUCUGUUUAAUCCGAAUUUUCAACAAAAAAUACAUAGCCUCUAUGCAUUCUUAUAAUAGGAGUGCAGUUUAAUCCUGUACAUUAGAUCAUGAGCAGUACAGCUGAUUGUCUCAGCUCAAAUGUGUUAAGCUUUGUAUUUUUAUUGUAUUCCUUGUAUAUCAUACUGAAACUAUGCCACGUUUACUUGACAACUGUUAAGUUUGAACUGUACAAAUUUACUUCUGUAUCAUACGAAACUGGAUUUUAAGUAUAUUUUUUUGUAGAUCAUAUUUUUCUCACCUAUUUUGAUUGGAGAUAUUGAAAAUAUGUUCGUAAGAUGAAUUCAUGUGUUAUGUGUUAUUAUGUAUGUCAAAUGAGUAUGUAUGGUGAGGGUCAUGUAGGAUGACAGUGGGAAAAUAAUCAACAAAUUAUUGCUGAUAAAAAUAACAGUCAACGCUG